AUGGCGGAAGUGUCCAAUGAGUCUUCGAAUGAAAAUGAUCUGAUUCCGGAAAUAAAUUCCGAUGAAAAUAUUUCUCAUCCAAUACCCGAACCAAAAUCUCGGCCUGAUCUGACAAAAAGCGUUCUUUUCCAUGGUGUCACAUAUCUCGGAUCGACAAGUGUAGUAACACCACGAUCGGAAGAAGAACUUAAUAAAAACAUGGCGAUUCUCAAUGAACAAAGUAAAAUGAAUAUCGAUGUGACUUUGUGUGUUCCCGACAAUGCUGAUGGUGUAGUUAGACUUCUUGAUCCUCAAACUGAAGGCGAAAUUAGUUCGUAUCUCGUCUCUCAGAUCAUCUUUUGUGCACGCGGACCUUCGAAUAGUCCAUUGGCAUGCUGUUGGGCAUUUACAACAUCUCGUCGAUCUACAUCUAUCAAUCAGAAUCUCAACGGUAAAACUCAACAAGAAAUUCUCUAUCAGUGUCAAAUAUUUCGAUGUGAAAAUCAAGAUGCGAUUUAUCGAAUUUUAUUAAGUUUUUCGAAUGCAUUCCGUCGAACGACGAAUAAUCCACCUUCGAAUGCGCGUCGUACAACUUCAUUAAUUAGUCAUGCAAUCCAAGCAACGGUUAGUCAAUUACAACAACAAACAUCACUGAAUGGAUCUCAGUCAUCUGCCACUCAACAGCAGAUGUUCGAUGGGGCAAUCAAAUUUCGGUGUUUUUUCGAUAUUAAAGAAGAAAAUAUCGAUUCAAAGGGAAAUCUUACUUUUAAUUCUGUAUCAAGACCGGAGAAGAAUGUUUUCAAUCUUCGAAAGAACCAUCGAAAAAGUGUUAAUGUCAUUCUUCAACAAAUUCGUGGCACACCAAUGAAUAUCGAUAGAUGUUUUGGUUUACUUCUCGCUCAAGGACGAAAUGUUCGUGCGAGUGAUAUGCAAUUACUCGAUUUGGAAACAAUGGGAAAAGCUGAUGAUAAUCGUAGUUAUGUCGUCAAAGGAUAUUGGAAUCCAUUAUCACGUGCGUUUAAAGAUCUUAUUCAUCUUAACGAAGAAACACCGAAAGGUGCUCGAGUAUUUUUAACUGUCGGAUUGGACAUCGUCAUUAAUGGAAUCUCGGAACCGGUUCGAUUCUUAAUUGAAGCAAAAGCACGUAUUAUUGAAACGGGUCGAUCAAGUGACACAGCAUCUCAAGAUAUUGGUGAUACAAUUUGGUCAUCAUUUAAAAAAGUAACACAAUUUACUGAAGAGUUUGAUAUGAUUGUUAAACAGGUAUCACCGACAAGUUCUCAUCCGGACCAAAUCUAUGAAGUUGUGAGUUUGGAAAGCAAAACGGAAGCAGAACGUCGAUCGAAACUUCAACGAUUAUCGUCGACGACCCGGACAAAUAAAACAACGGGUGAUGAUGAUGAAAGUGAUGAAAUGAUUAUCAGUGGAUUUGGUCACGUGAGCAAAGAAUGUGAUGCUGAUGUUUUGAAUAAUUGGAAUGAAAUUUUAAUGAAAUGGAGAAAAAAUUACUCAGAAAGGCCAAGUGGUUUACAAAAUCUUGUUCGAAAAGGUGUUCCCGAAGCUUUACGAGGUGAAGUUUGGCAAUUAUUAGCUGGAAGUGUGACGAAUGAAAAGGAAAUGAUCGAUACUUAUCGAUUAUUAUUAACAAAAGAAUCAUCAAGUGAUCGAAUUAUCAUCAAUGAUCUUAAUCGAACAUUUCCUGCACACGAAUACUUUAAAGAACAAGGUGGAAUUGGUCAAGAAUCAUUGUAUAAACUCAGUCGAGCGUAUUCAGUUCGAGAUGACGAAGUUGGUUAUUGUCAAGGAGUAUCGUUUGUCAUUGCAACGAUACUUAUUCAUAUGCCGGAAGAACAAGCAUUUAUGUUAUUGUGUAAAUUAAUGGAAGAUGAACGAUAUUUAUUACGAGAAAUGUAUAAGGCAAAUUUUGAAAAUUUACAAAUGAAGUUUUAUCAAUUGAAUUGUUUAAUCGAAGAACAUUUACCGGAUAUUUAUGCACAUUUUUAUGAUUUGAAAGUUGAAUGUCAUAUGUUUGCUUCACAAUGGUUUUUAACAUUAUUUACUGCAAAAUUUCCACUUUAUUUAGUCUUUCGUAUUAUGGAUAUCUUUUUAUACGAAGGUUUUACUGCGAUAUUUGCCGUAGCAUUGGCUUUAUUAAAGUGCAAUCAAAAAGAUUUAUUAUCAUUAGAUUUCGAAGGCGUGAUGCGAUUCUUUCGUGUUAGUUUACCACGAAAAUAUCUUUGCGAAGAUCACGCUGAUGAAUUGAUCCAAGCUGCUUGUUCUACAAAAUUAAAUUUAAAGAAAUUAAAACGAUAUGGAACAGAAUUCUUCGCUCGUCGUGCCGAAGAAGAACAAAAACAAACGCCACUACAACGUCUUGAAGUUGAUAACAAACGUCUAACUGAAAGUUGUAUGCGUUCCGAAUUUGAAAAUGAAAUGUUAGCAUUAGAAUUAGUUAAUGAUCGAAUAAAACUGAAGGAAAGAAUUCAUCAAGCAGAAGAUCAGAUCGAAAAUUUAACUCAAGAAUUAGAUGCAACGAAAUAUAUUGUUCGACAAAGUGAAGAACUCGCCAUUCGAUUAAACGAACAAUUGCAAAAUGUUCGUGAAGCUUUUCGUGACACGUGUGAUGAACUUCAACAAGCACAAAAGUCAAUUUAUGAUUAUAAACAAAUUUGUUCUCAAUUGAAUAAUCAAUUAGAUAAACACAAAGAAAAAUAUGUUCAAAAAAUGGAUUAUAUACAAACUAAUUGUUGUGAAUCAUGUAAAACAUUGAUUUAUUCUCCUCCAUCAAGCGAUCUUUCUACUCCAGAUGGUGAAACAUCAAUUGAAAAUAAUUUUUCUUCAAUCAUUCCAAUUGACAUUGCAAAUCGUUUACAUCGAGUCGAAAUUGAAUUAGCUGAAAAGAAAUUAGCAUUAACACAAGCAUUAUGUGAUAAUCAAGAAUUAACACGUCGGCUCCAACGGUCUACGUCUAAUGUGAGUGAUUCAGAUACGAUAUCCGUUAAUAGUAUGCGUUCAACUGGAAGUUGGUUAUCAAAAACGGUUAAUUCAAUCAAAGAAGCAGCAAAUUCAUCAAACCGAACAAAAGUUAAUUAA